CAGCAGAUUUAAAUUGCUGUAGCAGGGAUAACGCAAAGUUAGCAACAAGUCAGUGUUCUCCAUAACUAUUUUAGUUUUAUUUAUUGAACUGUGUUUAAAGUAAUUAAGACGUGGGUCAUUGGACAGUUUAGCCGGGUAGUUAGACUCAGUGUGGUAACCACGAUGGAUCUUAUGCUGCCAGAGAAAUUUCAGCACAUCCUUCGUGUGCUGAACACGAACAUUGAUGGCCAACUGAAAAUUAUGUAUGCCAUUACGUCAAUCAAAGGUGUUGGUCGACGCUAUGCUAAUGUUGUUUGCAAAAAAGCUGAUAUUGAUCUGAAUAAAAGAGCUGGAGAGCUUACCGAAGAUGAAGUUGAAAAGCUUGUUACUGUAAUGGCCAAUCCCAGACAAUACAAAAUUCCUGACUGGUUUCUAAAUAGACAGAAAGACAUAGAAGAUGGCAAACAUUCCCAACUGAUGUCUGGUGCAUUGGAAACCAAACUCCGUGAAGAUCUCGAGCGAUUGAAGAGAAUUAGGUCUCACCGUGGUAUUCGUCACUACUGGGGAUUACGAGUUCGCGGUCAGCAUACUAAGACAACUGGGCGACGUGGUCGUACUGUUGGUGUGUCACGAAAGAAAUAAUUACUAAAUACACUGUUACGGGGACUCUUAUUCUGUUUUUUACUAGUAUUGUGUGAUAUUGAAAUAGUCUGUGCCAUGCGAUAGCCGCAAUGUUGUCGUCUUCAUUUUUAUCGGUUGGUUAUUGGUCAUAUGUGUUACUAGUGGCAGCAACUAAUUAAUUUCCACCGAUCUACUUAGUUAUUCUUCAACGCUGCUGGACUCGAAUUUGUGUUGUAACGACAUGGACAGUAGUUUUUCACGUGUGGUAUGUGAUAACUUAGUGACUAGACCUAGGUUUUUUCUAUGUCCCGGUGUUACGAUAGAACAUUAAAAUAAUGUGGAAUCCUAUUAUGAUAUUCAUUCUGGGUAUGCUUUUCUGUCCGUGUGGUUUGUGUUACAGUCAAAGUGAACUGACGAAAAAUAUA